AUGCCUGUCGCAAGCAUGAGUGUCCUGCCCGCCGCGGCAGCGUCGUCCACCGCAAGGAAAUCGUCGGUCGCGCCUGAGAAGAAGUACAAAUGUCAGUUCUGCAAUCGUGCAUUUAGCAGAUCUGAGCAUCGUAGCAGACAUGAGAGAUCACAUACCAAGGAGCGCCCUUUCAAGUGCAUGAAGUGUAGAAGUACCUUCGUGCGACGCGAUUUAUUGCUUCGCCAUGACCGAACUGUCCACGCGAAAGAUGGAGGAAUCCCUCUCCACAGCGAUGUGAAGCGACGAGCAGGUCCCAAGACCAGUGCGAUGUCUGGGCCUUCCAAGUCGGCCAUACCCAUUGAUACCUCUGCACUCGAGCAGAUCGAGGCGAGUAGCGAUGGCAUGGUUGAUCUCGAGACUGCGGCAAUGUUGAUGACCGACCUCCACCACAAAGCAACUGCGGCAAUGCGGAACGCAGGCGUUGGACCCUAUGAGAACAGACCUGGAAUGGCUUUCUCUCAGAACGGGACACCGCUUAUGGAGCCAUCCGUCACCUAUCCUUCUGGAGCUAUCUCGCUUCCUCAGGUGCAGUGGGAUUCCUUCAUGCCGCAGGCCGUAACGGAGCCCAAGUCUCACUCGAUUAGCUCAACUGCUUCCGGUUCUCAGGAGUCACAAAGCUCGUUCACAAGUCGAAGCACAAUGCAGCCCCAUUCAAAUCAGCUGCCGCCCAUCCACAAAUCGGCUUCAACUUACAACGGGCUUGUGCCUGCGUUGCAAUCGAUGAUAGCCUCGUUGCCACCUUCGGGAACUGCCACCCCAAACCAACAGUCACCGACUCAACCCCGCAGCGGAGACCUGUCAACAAGGGCUCCUCAAAUUCUGACUGAUGAUGAGCGAAAUAUCGUUCUAGACAACAUCCGCAACAACGAUAGCGAGCGUGCAAUCCCCGAGAGCUUCCGUCUGCCGAACUUGACGUCGCUGAACAGGUAUCUUUCAACAUACUUCUCCCUGUUCCAUCACCACCUGCCGUUCUUGCACCCAUCUUCGUUCAAGCCAACUCAGAUAUCUUCCCCACUCUUGCUGGCAGUCCUGUCAAUUGGUGCUCUGUACGCAUUUGAUCAAGAUCAAGCUUAUGUCCUCCACAUUGGUUCCAAGGUCCUUGUCAACCAAUUCUUGCAGAACAAGGAGAACUUCAGCUCCCGCAAGUGCCCACUGUGGACGAUGCAAAGCUCGCUUCUCAACAUGGUCUUCGCUAGCUGGAGCGGUGAUCCAAAGGGCUUGGAAUGGGCUUGCUCCAUCAAGAGUCUUCUCGCAAACAUGGUUGCUGGUAACCGUUACGAGCUCAAGCUUCGCUCUGAAGCUCGUGAUGGUGCUCUGCCUAGCCGUGCUGAGUGGGUAGAGGACGAAGGUUGCCGACGUACUUACUAUGCCGUGUACAUCUUCUUUGGUCUCUUGACGAUGACAUACAAUCACACACCUGCCAUCAGCUUCAACGAGUUCGAAGACCUUGAACUCCCUUCAACUGAAGUGAUGUGGAACCUCACCGUGGUCGACGAAUCCACCUGGCCUGAGCAGCUCAAGACGUCACAAGCUGCCUCUUUCAUGGAAGCCCACGACAACCUGUUCCAGGGUGAAUCGUUACGCUACAGUGCCUUUGCUACUCGUGUUAUGAUCAACGCUCUCUUCCUUGAAGUUUGGUACCACAAGCGCAGCCCAGAAGCUCUCCAGGAUGUUGUUACGGAAUACAAGUUGCGCCUCGCACUGGAAACUUGGGAGAAAUCACUUGAUCUUUGUGAUCCAGAGACGGUAUCUGUACCUCUCAGUGCGCCUCACAAGGGUCAUCCUCUGUUAUUCAACGCCAUGGCUAUGUUCCGUAACGCUCGUGCUCGUCUUGAAGUUGAUCUCAAGUCUAUCCAAGAGGCAUUAAGAUACCACGACUCCUAUGAGGUAGCUGCAGCAAUGUCAAACGCAAGAGAUAAAGUAAAGCGAUCCAGUGAGAUGAUCAAGGUCAUUCAAGAAUGUUACAACUGCAUUGAGACCGCUGCUGUACAAGGUAUUCGUUGGGUCGCCCGAACCUCUGCUACCAACUGGAGUGUUGAGCAUCCGCUCUGUGGCUUGGAUCUCAUGAUCAUUCUCAGCCUGUGGCUCUAUCGUCUGGAACACGACGUAGACGAGCCUCCCACUGAAGAAGAAAUGGCUAUGUAUCACAAGGUUGGAGCACUCUUUGUAGACGAACCCGAGGACUCAAAGCUCAGCUCCAUCGUGGCUCGUAUCUGGGGUAGUAUGCUUGAUGAAGUCGUCGUCUGGGGUAUUACCAAACUCAUGGGUGAUUCCUUCCGACUCCACUCUCAAGCUCUUGUUGGCUACGAAGACGAUAUCGAAGCUUCCGAUGUCUCUACACCCUCAAUGAUCUCUCAGGGUGCGGACGACAACGACGAUAGCGUGUACUAA